UCAUUGUUUCUGACAAAUUAUAAACAAAAAAAACUGAGAGUCACACUAUGCCCGUCUUCCCCGCCGCGAUAUCUAUUCUCCUUCUCGUCCUGUCUGUUUCCUCUCCAUCUAUUCAUGGAAAGUUGGCACCGACCACUGAUUGCUCCGCGAAAUGUUUGUCUUUCGUGACGAUCGGGAGCCAAGUGGAUAAACCGGACAUGGAGUGCUGCUCUGGUCUGAAGACGGUGCUCGACUCCAACGCCGAAUGUCUAUGCGAAGGGCUAAAGAACAGUGCCUCCUUUGGAGUCAAACUGAACGUCACUAAAGCCUCUACUCUUCCCGUCGCUUGCAAUCUCACUGCUCCUCCGGUGACCGCUUGUGGAUUGUCUAUUAAUCCUCCUGCUAGUGCGCCAGCUCCAGUUCCUGCUGCUGGAACACGAUCAGGAACACAAUCAGGUUUAGGACCAGCUUCUGCUCCAGCUCCAAGCCCAUCUCAAGGGAACUAUGGGUCUUCGGUGAUCUCAAUAUCUAGCUUGUCAUUUGUAAUCAGCGGCACAUUGGUUAUAUUGUUCUCUCUUAUUUAAAAGUCGAGGAUGUCCUUUUAAUUUUUUAGUUUACUAUAUAUGCAGUUCUCUUUCAGAGACCUUAGACCAUCUGC